CGGUGGAUCAAAGCAAGUUCGAUAUAACACGGUUUCACCUAUAACGCAGUAAGGUUUUUUGGCUCCCGAGGACCGUGUUAUAUCGGGGUAGAGGUGUAGCACAAUCAGGAAGACUAGGAAACAAUUUUACAGUAACUUAACCUUUCAUAAACAAAGGCUUGUACUGACAUUUUGAAAUCCUUGCUGAACAAUUGCCUCGGGAUACUUAGUAGAUGGGUUGUGAAAAGGUGUAUUAGUAAUGUCUGGCAGGCCUAUAUCUAAAAAGGUGGGAAAUGAUCCUAUAUUUCUUAAAAUUUCCCAGAAUCAAAUUGAAAGAUCCAAGGGUCAUGCAUAGUGGCGGUAAAUAAAUGCAUAAAUGACGGCCUAAAUAUCUAACUGAUCACUUGUGUGCACGUUUGUUGCACUUGCACAGCUGUGGUAAUUGCACUUACAGAUUGGACAGAUGAGUAAGUGUGUAAUUUGAAUGUACACAUAAUUUGGAAAAUGAGGGCCUGAUGGGCAGUUUUGUUAGUUUCCAAACAUGUUCCACAGACUCUAGUUUGGGACUAUCCAUCGACUUGACUCAGGGAAGAAUUUUCACUGGCAUUGUUCUGAGAACACUGUACUAAGUCAUGCAGAGCCUGCCUGUUUAAAAUAGAUGCAACUUAGUGUAAUGAGACGUUCCCCCUACAUUUGCAGUGAGUUGAGAGGAAGAUGGAAAUGUCAGUCUGAGAACUGACGCAUAUUAAACUUGUGUUUGAAAUAAUGGCUCCAAACUAUGCAAGUCUUAAAAGUAAUCAAACAACUAGACUGAAUCCUAGGCAGCUGAGCUGCAUUCUAAGUAUCACUGACUUGUAAGUACUUAUGAUCUUCAAAUAAAACAUGCCCAAUAGGUCCCCUGUUAAUUGUUAACUCUACGUCUUAUCUCUGCUUCUUGGCCUUUUUGCUAAGGUAGAGUGUCAAUUCCACAGUGGCUAUACCCUCUUUCAGGAACUAGAGUGGGCCUUAGUCAGGAAUGGCUGUGAACUAGGGGGUCUUGUUGAUUUCUAUCUGCUGAGAAAAUAGCAGUAAUUAGAAUUUAGUACUUAUCUGUUCCAAGCACUUGGCAAACAUUAAAGACCAAUAUUCCUUGGUUACAUGUGGACCGACUCCCCUCCCCAAAGGUGCCUGGCAUUCCGUCACUCCCACUGAUUUGGAUGGGAGCUGUGGGUGCUCAGCGCCAGGCCAGUAGCCCGUACUGCUUGGGAAAUGCAGCCCAUCCUCACUGCACAUCUUAAACCAAAUGAAGUCACUAAAUAGUUCCCAAGGCUUUUCUCCCUUACGGCAAAAUACUGAGAGCCUGGAAGAAUAUAGCUGUUCCAUCUGCACUACAGAGAGUCCAUGAUGGCAUGCUAAUACCCCCUGCCAGGCCUCCCAUGAGCUGGUGUCGCUUAGCCCUGUACGACCAUGGGAGUCGUGAAACCUGCCUGUCGGUAUAUGGUGGAUCUAAGACCCUACAGAGAGUGGUGCCGCUUGUGUGCUUAGCUAAGAUACAUGUGGUCUGAAUUAAAUAUUUGGCUUUAAGAGCAGAAACCAUUCUUGAUUUCCCUUCCUCUGUUAGGCCAGGGCAGAGUGAGAUCAAUCCGUUUUGUCAACAAGAGAUUAGAUAUUGGGUUGUUAUCCCUCUUCUUCUUUUUGUUUCCUCUUGAUUCCUGUUCCCAGAAAAGCCCCUUCUGCUUUCAGCUCUGUACAAAGCAUCGCUUUGCGAAGUGAAGCAUUCUGUGGGUACUAUGAUGUCACUUUCUGGCUGGUUCCAGAGUUUCUCUGAUCAUCUCUUGCCUGUUCCAGUUCUCCAGCUCACUGACUCUGAAUUAUUGGAGAAGCUGAAGGUCCUUUCUUCCUUGCUGUGAGCUCAGGGGACCAGUUCAACUCAGUCUCAAGCUUCAAGGGUGAAUGAGGAUUUGGGCUGGGGGCUGCUUUGUUUCCAGCACAAACAGCAUCUGUCUUUAUUUUCAGGAGGAAGAGAACUUUCCCUUUCUAAUCUCCCAGCCUGUGCUAGAGCUGAUGGAACUGCAAAGUGGAUUUUCCUGAAGGGUAGUGCAACGUUGUGUAUUUAACACCCACAAUCUGCAGUGGCAAUUGCACUUGCAAAACAGCUGCCUGUUGGAAGGAUGCUGCUGGCUAUGAGCUGUUUGUCCAAAAUGGUCAGCCCAAGGGCUGAAUUGGCAGCUUUGAGUCCAAAAAAUCUAGAAUGGAAACCGAUCCAGACUAGCGGCUGGUGUUUCUGUAGCUGGUCGUUGGAGGUGGUGGAGCUGUGUAAGAAAUACCAGAACAAUACGGUGGUAGCCAUAGACCUGGCUGGGGAUGAGUUGUUGGUGGCUGAGACCUUCCCAGAGCAUCGGAAGGCUUAUGAGGAAGCUGAAAGAUGUGGCAUUCAUCGCACUUGCCAUGCUGGGGAGGUUGGGUCACCCUCUGUCAUCAAGGAGGCAAUCAAUGUUCUGAAGACAGAACGGAUCGGCCAUGGCUACCAUGUCCUGGAAGACCCAGCCCUUUAUAGGGAGCUGUUGAGUAGGAAGAUGCAUUUUGAGACAUGUCUUUUGUGCAGUGUCCUCACCGGAGCAUGUGAUCCAGACUUUAGGAAACACCCAGUAAUUCAGUUUAUGAAUGAUAAAGCCAAUUACUCCCUGAACUCUGAUGGCCCGCUCAUUUUGAACUCUACAAUUGAGACUGAUUACAAAAUAGCUAAGCAGUUCCUGGACUUCACUGAAGAGGAGUUCAAGAGAGUGGUAAGUUGUCGUGGGAUGUUCUGUGCAAAGCUGCGUGUUGGAGCCUAACGUGAUCCAUCAUUUCUGAGAUAAAUCUAAUUUUUAAACAUGAAACCGGAAGAGAGUUCAGUGGAGUUAAAACUGUGGGGAGGAAAAGCUGAAUUAUGUGGGGCACAACAGCGGUUU